AUUUAUUCCUAACUCGCCUUAAUGCAAAUGGUAAAAAAAAGCUUAAGAAAAGCUUUCAGUUUCACUUUUUGUUUCUUUGCAGGAAAUGGCGUCUGCUGAUAUGAGAGACGAGCUGACCUGCUCCAUCUGCCUAAACAUUUACACAGAUCCUGUAACGCUUCAAUGUGGCCACAACUUCUGCCAGGCUUGUAUUAGGAAUGUCCUGGAAUCCCAGGUAACAUCUGGAGUUUAUACCUGUCCGGACUGCAGAUCAGAAUUCGAAGAGCGCCCAACCUUGCAAAGGAACACAACGCUGUGUAACAUUGCUAAGAGUUUUCUUUCAACUCAUCCAGAGCAAGAUACGUCUGCAAUUCUCUGUACUAAUUGCUUUCACGCCCCAGUGCCAGCUGUUAAGACAUGUCUGCUUUGUGAAGUUGCUUUGUGCUCUAAUCAUGUGAAGGUCCACACCAAGUCCCCAGAGCAUGUUUUUAUUGAACCUAGCAUUUCCUUAGAAAACUGUAAAUGUGCUGUACACAAUGAGAUCUUGAAGUUUUACUGCACAGUAGAUCAUGCCUGUGUCUGUGUGUCCUGUAGCCUGUUUGGAGCUCACAUUGGACACCAAAUCAAACCAUUGAGUAAGGCUUCAGACAAGAAGAAAGAAGACCUAAAAACUAUUAUGCAAACUCUAACCUCGAGGACAGAGAAGAUUGAUACAAGAGUUAAGAAACUAAAUGAGUAUAAGGAAAAAACCCAAGAAAAAGCAACUAGUGUGACAGAACGAGUAGCUGCCAUAAUUAGGGACAUCAAAAAACAGCUGGAUGACCUACAGAAUCAAGUUUUUUGUGAGAUCUAUGGGCAGAACGAAGUGGCUUCUGCACAAAUCGCUGCCUUAAUCCAUGAGCUGGACACAGAGAAGGAGGCUUUGUCCAAGAAAAUGUGUCAUAUUGAAGAACUGUGUAACAUGACUGACCCAUGGUGUUUUUUACGAGAAUGGUCUUCUAGUAGUCCUGAGCUUUGUGAUAUUAUGAAGGGUACAGUGGGAUAUACAAAAGUCCCCAAUGUCAUGAACUUGGAUGAAGGUAAGGUAUGGAUGUUAGUACAAACAGGUAUAGAUGAAAUUGUGACUGAGGUGAAAAUGAAGCUUGAUGUCAAUGAGUCAUCAGAAGUGCUUCUGGAUGUAACCACCGCUGGAAAUAAUGUAGCUUUAUCCCAUGAUGAUGAAAUUGUCACUGGGACGUGCGUGCUCCCCAGAGUCGAGAGCAGGAGCGCAGUGAUGGCGAAGUGGGGAGGAGGUGGUGGUGAACCGGGAACGCCACAGCCGCAGCGACCAGCAUGUACUCCGUCCCCAGGACUGGCACUGGAGCCUCCCACCAACCCGGACCCCGAGACCCAGAAGGCCGAGCUGAUGGAGAUGCUGAAAGCCCCGCUGAAGAAGGGAGAUGAGUGGUAUCUCAUUGACAGUCAGUGGUUUAAGCAAUGGAAGAAGUAUGUUGGUUACGACUCCUGGGAUAUGUGCAAUGUGGGAGAGUGCAAUCCGGGACCUGUUGACAACUCAGGUCUUUUUUCAGAUGCUGGUACUCCGGCAUUAAAGGAACAUCUGAUUGAUGAGCUGCACUAUGUUCUGGUGCCAACUGAAGCAUGGCUGAAACUGAUGAGUUGGUAUGGCAGUGUAGAAGGACAGCAGCCCAUUGUUAGAAAGGUGGUUGAGUUUGGCAAGUUUGUAAAACAAUGUAAAGUUGAAGUAUACCUCAUUGAGCUGAAGCUCUGUAACGAGAGUAACCCAGAUACCCUGAUUCCACGGCACUUCAGCAAAGCAGACACUAUAGAAACUAUAGAAAAAGAAAUGAGAAAUAUAUUUAGUAUUCCGGUGGGGAAGGAGACCAGGCUAUGGAACAGAUAUAUGACAAAUCCGUAUGAGCAGCUCACCAGACCAGAGGACACUGUGCAGGGUGCAGGACUUUAUCAGGGCCAGGUUCUGGUAAUAGAACAGAGGAAUGCAGAUGGCACAUGGCUAGGGUUGCCACAUGGCUAGGGUUGCCACCUGGCUGUGUAUUACUGGCACAGCCAGGGUUUGAUGUUCGGUAUUUGAUUUUCUGUGGCCGGUGCCGGUAUUGCAAAAACACAGACAUUACAAUUGCCAAUAUUUUUCUGGCAGGAGAAAUUUCUGUAAUAUCUGCACCGGCCACCAGGGUGUGCCCAGGGUGUGCAGUGCUCUCAGGCCAAGCAAGGAAGAUUUGUUGGUGCUAGAGCUGUGUGGUGAGGGAUGAGAUGGGGUGUCACAGCUUGUCCCUGCCCUCUCCGAUAAUAGAGUCCGCAUGGGAGGAGCUACAGGACAAGGGGAAGUAUGGCAGCAGGAACUGAGUCCUCAGAGCAGGUACACAUAUGUAUUCAGCAGUCUGUGUGAUGUGUGUGUGUGUGUAUUCAGCAGUCUGUGUGAUGUGUGUGUGUGUGUGUAUUCUGCAGUCUGUGUGAUGUGUGUGUGUAUUCAGCAGUCUGUGUGAUGUGUGUGUGUGUAUUUAGCAGUAUUUGUGUGUGUGUGUGUGUGUAUUCGGCAGUCUGUGUGAUGUGUGUGUGUGUAUUUAGCAGUAUUUGUGUGUGUGUGUAUUCAGCAGUCUGUGUGAUGUGUGUGUGUGUGUAUUUAGCAGUAUUUGUGUGUGUGUGUAUUCUGCAGUCUGUGUGAUGUGUGUGUGUGUGUU